AUGCUCACUGCCGUAGACGCCUGUCUCAAAUUUGCUCUCCUACGGUCGCCUUUGCGGAAUAGUCGUGAGCCCACAACUUACGCCGUCAUUCAAGACGCGGCUAGGUCGAACGAGUACGCCGCAGAGGUCGUCAGGCGCGUUCAGCUUCAGAUCGAGAAGGGCAGUCCAAAUGCCAGUUGGAAUCUUUUUAAACCAAAUAGUACCGAAAAUUAUCCUCCCUCUUCGACAUCUUCAGCUACCAUUCCUACAAGUUUUCCCAACGGAACCUUAUCACUGGACCGCUCCCGUGCACGUGCACUUCGCAACCAACGGAGUGGGGAUGGCAACUACCAGUGGAUACGUAUAGCCCUGCUGAAUAAAACCCUGGACAAGAUUGUGGAUUAUCUGGUUAAGCAUGCAAGCGAGUACUACGAGCGCGUUUCUAUCCUCUCGCAUCCAUGCGAUGGUCCCCUGUUCGCGGAUUUGCUACGUAAGUAG